AUGCUAGAACCACAAUUUAGGGGCUGGAAAGAGAACACUCAGAUCAUUCUUGGCUACGUGGACUUAGACCUUACGUUAAGAACUGAACAACCCGCUGUACUUAUGGAUAAAAGUUUCGCUAAUGAAAAAGAGGACUUUGAUCAGUGGGAUCGUUCAAAUCGCAUGAGUCUUAUGAUCAUAAAGUGUGGUAUUCCAGAAACAUUCAAGGGCGCUGUGUUCGAUAAGGUAACUACUGUCAAGGAAUUUCUUGCUGAAAUUGAAAGACGCUUUGCAAAGAGCGAUAAGGCUGAAACUAAUAAACUUUUGGCGAACUUAGUUUCACUAAGGUAUAAAGGUAGAUGA